AUGGCUGCGGACACUCAAUCCACCUCCUCCUCCGCUCUCUCCGCCGUUCCGUUCCUCGACGAAGAAAACUGGGUCGAGUUCCUCCGACGUAUCGACUUCGCCCUUGUUAACAAAAACUACCUUUACGAAAAAAUCCUUAAAGGUACAAGAGUCCGACCAACUCGCUCCCCAAGCGAGACGGAGUCUGCGUUUAAGAAAAGACUCGACGCGUGGGACGAACUCCAGACUCAAGGCUGCUCCUUUGUCCGCAGCAGACUCGGGCCAACCGCCGCAGACUUCGCUAAAGGAAAGGGAAUAGGCCUUACAAUCGUCGGAGACUUUAAAGAGCACGAUCUUAAGAAGCUAUUAUUAGUGGAUUUAAAAGAACGAUUUCGACCUAAAGGCGUCGCGACGUUCCACCGUCUUCAGUCCGCGUUGCUCGCUCUUCGCAUUAACGAGUUCGACGACGUCACUUCUUUCAAUAACGAAUUCAUGCGCUUAGACGGACAACUUAAGCUUCUCGGUGCCUUUACCCGCAAGGAGGAGCAGUUGAUGCAGCACUCCUCGGGCAAGGCAUUCCUCGCACACGGCAAACCCGGCAAACUUGCAAGAGGAGAUAAGUCUACUAUAAUCUGUAGUCAUUGCAAGAAGCCUUACCACUCUGAGCCGGAAUGCGUAGUGGCCCACCCUCAUCUAAAGGCUGCCCUCGAUAAACGAAUCGAAAAGAAGCGUAAGGACAGAGCUGCUAAGCAAGUUAAACUAAAGACGGCCAAAAAUACCGACUCUUCCGAAAAGACUCCUUCCGCUGUUCUCUCUAUGCUAUCGAUUCGUGGCUGCGCUAAUAAGACCUUUCAACCCGCUUUCGACGUUUAA